GCGGCUGGCUUGGACAUGGUGCUCACUUCGUCGGAUGAUGACGGCCUGCUCGCGGCGCCUGGUGGGGGCACCGAUCCUUUUGCUGUCUCGCACUCGCCGCCGCCGUCACCGUCACCCACGCCAGCGCCGGCCGGCGACUAUGCUGCGGUUGAUGCGCUCAACGACCGCGAGUUGGCGAGUGUGGCCGGAGCCGGCGAGGACGAGAUACUGGGUCAAGUGGCGUGGGAUGAUGUCGAUGCGCAGAUCACGGCACUGACCGACGGAGUGUUUGAGGCCGAGGUGACGGUCUCGUCUGGGGCUGGGCCGAUUGAGGCGCGGCUUCGGGUGACAGCGUCAGGGCUGGUUCUGACGCGGAGUGGAGCGGGCCCUGCCGCGGGCGACGUGCUGCUCAAGGCGCGAUUUCCGCUGACCGGGCCGAUUGACGGCCCGCGGGUGGUCCGUGUGACUCCGAUGGCCGAGUCGGAGACGGCAGUUGUAAUGCGCGUGCCGCCUGCGCGCGGGACUGGUCCGCCGACAUCAUUUUCGCUGUAUACGCUCGACGCCGCGACGCGGACAACCCUCUGCACAGCGAUUGACUCGUUUCAGGUGCAGGUCCUGGCGGCACACGCCAACGAGCUUGCCGCCGAGUCGCGGUUUCUCGAUGACCCAUACGAGAUCGCAGAGCAGGAGGCGGCAGCGGCGGCGGCAGCGCGCGCGGCGGCGUCGCGGUCGAUCAUCUGGUCGCAGGACGCGCCCGGCUCACCAGGCUCAUCAGGCCGGGUCCUGGCCGUCGAUGAGGGCGACCGCGAGGUGGAUCCGUUUGACCUGGGUACGCGGCGCGAGGCACUUGUGGUCGAACCCGACGCGGUCGACGAGACACUGCUCACUACGCUUCCGGGCCCGCACAUGGCGGCCGUGGUUGAUCAGGCGCUGGCACAGUACAAGGAGCAAGUGCGGGCGGACGUGCAGCAGCUCAAGCGUGAGCUUGCCAAAAAGUACCGCAAGUCCAACGCCGAGCUCAUUGCCAAGCUCAAGGACAAGGUGAUCAAGGAUGCCAAGAAGACGGGAGCACUGCAGCUCUCGCUGGCAGGCUUUGGGCUGACGGCGUGGCCUGAGGCCAUCACCUCGUGGUCACUGCGGCACUCGUCGUGGAAGACGAACCUACUGGUCCUCGACAUUUCAAACAACUGCCUGACGGUGCUUCCGUCGGCGAUCGGGCGGCUCACUUCGCUGCGAGUCCUCGACGUCGGCUACAACGCGCUGACGGCGCUUCCGUCCUCCAUUUCGUCGCUGACUUCGCUUACGGUUCUUCAAGCGCAGCACAACAAGCUACUCUCACUCACCAACGGCAUCGGUGGCGUGCGGGCGCUCAAGCGGCUCUCGCUGGCAGGCAACGCCAUCCGGAUGUUUCCGCCCGAGCUGCAGUUUCUUUCACGGCUGGAGGAGCUCGACUUGAGCUCGAUGGAUUUGUUCCGGGCACCCGAGUGGAUUGCGCUCUUUCCGCUCCUCCGCUCGCUCAACCUCGAGUCGAACCACUUGCAGACCCUGCCCGGCGUGCUCAUGCGGCUGGGCUCGCUCGACACUGUUGGGCUUGCGCACAACAACUUGACGACGUUCCCGCCGGUCCUCACUGCGUGUCGCAGCCUCACCGGCGUCGACCUCUCCUUCAACGGCUUGGAGGACUUGCCCGACACGGUGGUCAAGCUCUCAGCGGCCGAAGUCUUGCUGGAGGGCAAUCCGCUGUCGCGGCUACCGGAGCGACUCCGCGACGGCCCGUGGGCCGCGGUCGUCUCGUACGUCCGCGACCCAAUGGCAUGGCUUGCGACCGAACAAGGUCGGACGCCGACGGCGCGCUCGCCAAUCGCGGUUCCGGGUUCGCCGGCGGCACUUUGCGCCACAUCGCCAUCGCGAGCAGUGGCCGAAGUCGCGACCGAGCUCUCGCUGCUCCAAUCGCGGCUAGCCAUGCUUCCGGACCUUGACGAGCUCGGAGUGACAAACGAGGCCGAUCGAGACGGCGUGGAAAUGACCUCACUGUCGCCGCCGAGCUCGUCCAAGUUUGAUCGGGUCAUUCGGGUUGUCUCACGCGAGCCCACAGUUGUGGAGGAGGUUCUGGAGCCAGAGCUCGAGCCAGAACCUGUACAUAAGGCCAAGGCCGAUGCGGCGCCGCCGAUGACAGCUGACAAGCGAGUGAGGAUGGGGAGGAGGAGCAGUCGGGCUGCAUCGCCGGUGCCGAUAGUGCAGGCGGCGCAGCCGCCGCCACCGACGCUCCAGAUUCCACGCGGAGCAGAGAACAUGCCGCCGCAGAGAGACGGAAGCACGCGCUUGCCCGAGAGAGGACGGUCGAUGUCGAAGACGGUGACGUUUUCGCCGCAUCCAGGCGCGAGGCACAGGACAGGGCAGCGGUCACCAUCGGCACCAGAUGCGUGGCCGUCGUCGCUGGCGCUCUCGGGCGUGGCGCACGCCGACGCCGACUCGUCAGUGGAGACGGCAGAUCUGUUGUACUCGUCGUACUCGGACGACGACGUCGGCGCGAUGAGAAGCCGAGUCGAGUACGGGCUGGCAGAUGCGGUGCCGCGGGCGGUGCCAGCCGAUGUUUCUGUAGUGGUUGCGGAAGAGCGGGCGCUGUACGCGUCGAUCCGUGCGUCGCUCGUCAACACGAUGCACUCGCUGGAAGCAGCUGCCGGCGAGCGGUGGGGUGAAUAGCGCGGCAAAGUUGGUUGGCUGGUGCCGUUAAACCUUAACGGUACGGUCGUUCGGACGCGUUGUCGCCCGUCUUAAAGUGAACAACUCGA